AGCAUCAGCUCAAACGUUUUAGCUUUCUUUCGGACCCUGUCUGACAUGGCCAAGUCUUUGCUCUUCUUUUGUGCUCUGGGCCUCGCGUCGGCCAAGAGCAAACCCCACAUCCUGUUCCUGCUUGCGGAUGACCUGGGCUGGGCGAACAUCGGGUACCACCGUACUGGAGCUCAGACGGAGGACGAGAAGCAGGGCGCGCUGGAGGUCCAGACCCCGGUGAUCGACCAAUUAGUGGCGGAGGGCGUGGCCCUGGACCGCCACUACGCCUACCGCAUCUGCGGGCCCGCCCGCUCCGCGCUGCUCUCCGGGCGCCAGGCGCCCCACGUCUUGGUGAAGAACGUGGCGGUCACGGCCCAGAACCGAGCUGACCCGGUCAGCGGCUACGCGGGGAUCCCCCGGAAUAUGACGGGCAUGGGCGUGAAGGUGAAGGAAGGCGGCUACAGGACUCACUACACCGGCAAGUGGGAUGCUGGCAUGGCCACCCCCGAGCACACCCCGUUUGGCCGCGGCUUCGAGACCAGCUUCUUGUACUUCCAGCACGCAAACGACUACUGGAACAAGAAAACGGGCAUCCAGGCGACCGGCGAAAUCACGCCUUGCCUCAAUGCCUUCCACGACCUCAUGAUCGAGAAUGCCACGUACCGGGGCCCAUACAAAGGAGCUGACCUGACCGAUGCGUGCAAGCACUCCUACGAGCCAACACCAUCAUGCUAUGAAGAGAAGAUGUUUGAAGAUCAUUCCCUGGAGAUCAUCAAGAACCACAACGCUAGCGAUGUAGAGCACCCCCUAUUCCUGUUCCAUGCUUUCCACCUCUUGCACACUCCUUUGCAGGUGCCGCGCUAUUACUACGACCAGAUCGAGAAGGAUGUUAUCUCGAAAGGAGGGAAGUCGUUCGACUCCGAGAAUCGGCGCCUGCUGAUGGCCAUGACCAAAUACAUGGAUGACACCAUCGGGAACCUCACGAAAGCCCUGAAGGCCAAGGGCAUGUGGGACAACACCCUGGUGGUGUUCACCACGGACAACGGCGGGCCCAUCUAUGUGCCCGGCUCGGCUAACAACUACCCGCUCAGGGGGGGCAAGUACUCGGACUUCGAUGGAGGUGUGCGGACCGCCACCUUCAUCUCCGGGGGCUACGUGCCGGCUGAGCGGCGCGGCAAGGUGCACGAGGGCAUUGUGUCGGUGUCGGACUGGUACACCAUCUUCUCCGAGCUGGCCGGGGUGGACCCCACGGACACCCAGGCGGAGAAGGCCAAUGUGUGGCUCAAGGAGAAGGGCCUGAGCCAGUUGGCGCCGGUGGAUGGCAAGAAGGGCCAGCUGGAGGCGAUCUUCUCAGGUUCGCCUGGCCCCCGCGCCACGGAGCCCCUGUUCCUGUCCGGGAACGCGCUGCUGGACUUUCCCUACAAGUUGGUCACGGGGAAGCAGGUGUACAUGGUGCACACCGGGCCCGUGUUCCCCAACUGCAGCACCAUCUCCAGCGUCAAGGCCGGGAAGGGCCCGGACUUCAUCGACUUUGCCGUCUUGGAGAAGAAGAUCGACCUGGGUGACAGCCACUACUGGCGUGGAGAUUGUGGUGAAGGGUGCCUGUUCAACGUGCAGGAGGACCCAUCUGAGAGCAUCGACCUUUCCAAGAAGCCGGAGCACGCGGACCGGCUCCAGAAGAUGAUCGCCACCUUGGCAGAGUAUAACAAGACCCUGUUCUUGCCCGAGCGCGGCGAGACCCACAUCCAGGCGUGCUACUCCGCCAUGUUGAACGGCCACGGGACCUUCGGGCCCUUCGUGUCCAUCGAGGGCUACUACUCUGACCAGCCCCGCAUGUUCGAGGAUCUCAGCUCCCACGAGAAGCUGCAAAUGGCCAUCAUGGGGGCCGUAUCUCUGGGCCCAGUGAAGAAGGUGAUCCAGGAGGUGGCCCCGAAGAUCAUCUUGAAGCAGCUGGAGAAGAAGGGCGACGUGUGCUGCACAGAGGAGAGCUGCAAGAUCGUCGAGGAGGUUUUGGGUGAGCUGGAUGACCUCGAGCUGGUGCGGAAUAUCAGCCAGUUGGCCCGCCCACAGGCCUCUGUGUACGUGUGAGAGAGAACGUGUCACCUGAUUUUUGGCCCGGUUUUCGAGCGUGCGCGCCUGGAUUCUCGGAUCCCUGUAAAUGUUGCCCGCACAGAAGGGCUAGGCUCGCGCAGAUGAACUCGGACUCAGUUGUACUGUAGAUUCCAGGAUUCAAGCUUGCGCCGCGUGUCAUGCGAG